AUGUCCUCGACCCGCCAAAUUCCCAAAUCAGGAACGGAUAGAAAAGGCAAAAAGACGUUGCGCCUAGAAAAAGCGCAACAAGAAAAGGAACAGGGUAAUGAAUCCUUCAAAAGAGCUGAUUAUUCUAAAGCUGUAGAGUACUAUGGGAAAGCCAUGGAAUUGGAUCCAAAAGAGGCCGUAUACGUGAUAAAUCGUGCUAUGGCCUAUCUGAGAAUGAAAGAAUGGGUUAAAGCUGAAAAUGACUGCACAGCAGGUUUGCAUCUUCAUCCGUAUAAUGUGAAAGCUCUUUGGAGACGAGGCAUUGCCAGACGAGAACAAAAUAAACUAAAAGAGGCCAAAGAAGAUUUAGACCACGCUUUAGAGUUAGAUCCGGACAAUCGAGCGGUAAAAAUUGAAUUGGAGAAAGUUUUGAAUGCUUUAGCAAUACAAACGGUGGAAGAGUCUAAAUCUCAGAUUAUACAACAAUCCAUCGAUGUUUCCCGUGUUGAAUCAAAUGACGCGGGAAAAAUUCCACGUCGGCGAUUAGAUAUUGUUGAAGUAGAUUUCGAUGAAAAUCAUCUUGAUACUAUAUCACGAGAAAUCGGUGGCAAUAAAGCUAAUAAUGAAUCAUUAAGGAAACAGUCCGAAGUUGAAUCAAAGACUCCUUUAGAAAAUGGUCUCUUUGACAAAUUUGUCGAGAUGCCAGACGACAUCACAAUUAAUUCAUCGAACAUCUCUUUAACAGAUCAGAAAAUCCCAACAGCAGCAGUAGCAAUAGAUCACCAACAACUGAUAAAUGAACCUGAGAAUUUAUUAGAAAAUAUCAAAACGCCACGUACAGCUAUAGAAUUCGAACAAGAAUGGAGAAAAUAUUCGAAAAGUGACGAGUAUUGUUAUGCUUUUUUAAAGGCAAUCCCACCAUCCUCCUUUCCAGACAUGUUUUCAGAAUUUUUUGAGGCUGAUUACCUAUCACGCAUUAUCAUUAUUAUGAGGGACAUAUAUUUGGUACGUGAUACUAUUGAUCUCGUGUACGACACUUUAUAUAAUUUAAGUCGAGUCGGUCGAUUCCAAAUGGUCUUGCUAUUUUUAGAGAAAGAAAAUCGAGCAGGCAAGUCGCUGUCCGAGUUAUUCCAGAAGAUGGUAUCCAAAUUGAAUGAGACAACGCAAAAAGUCACACGCGAAAAAAUAGCAGAGCUUGCUGAAACAUAUCAUGUCGACGAUUGGCAACAGUAA